UGGACGCAGCCUGGCCUGGUGUGGGUCUGCCACUGCCGUAGAGGUAGUACUUUGCAUAGCUGCCCUGCAUUUGGGUAGCAAGGAGGCAGAAGAAAGUCAGAGGAGGAACACAUGGUGGCACAUGCCUCAACUAUGCCUCCAAGUGCCGCCAUCUCGGGGGAGGCCGCGGCGGCAGGCGGUGCGCGGAGCGGUCGUCCGGCGGCGGCGUCGCUCGAGGAGGAGGGGUCGGCGAGCGGCAGCGAGCUGGAGCGGACCUCGCUCCCGCUGCUGGUGUCAGUCGCCCUGGAUAUGCGCAGGGACCCGGUCGUGCAGGGCCUGGCCACCAUGCUCCUGCUCUCCGGCAUGCUCUCGCUCGUGCUCUGCUCGGCGCUGGCCGGCCUCCAGCAUCGGCAAGCGGCGCAGCGUGAACGCCGGCACGAGAACGCCUGCAUCUACAAGGCCUGCCACGAGACCAAGCCGGGUUUCCUCAACGUGCACAUUGUAAGCCACACCCACAACGACGUUGGAUGGGUCCACACUGUGAACUUUUACUACAGAAACUACGUGCGUACGAUCUUGGACUCGGUGGUCGCGGAGCUUGAGGCGAAGCCGGACCGGCGAUUUAUCUACGUCGAGAUGGCUUUCUUCACCCGCUGGUGGGAGGAGCAGACACCAGAAAAGCAGGCCUCGGUCCGCGCCCUCAUCGAAGAAGGUCGGCUGGAGUUUGCGGGUGGCGGCUGGUGCAUGAACGACGAGGCGACCACUCACUACACAGCAACGGUGGAUGAGAUGUCCCUAGGACUGCGCUGGCUCAACGCUACGUUCGGCCAUUGCGGCCGCUCGCGCGUCGCCUGGCAGAUCGACCCCUUUGGACACGCACGCCAGGAGGCCGCGCUCUUCGCACAGAUGGGCUUCGACGGCUUGUUCCUGGGUCGCAUUCACCUCGAUGACAAAGAGUGGCGACAGCACACCAAGCAGAUGGAGUUCCUGUGGAAAGCAGACAAGUACAUCGGCGAGAAAGGAGAUAUAUUCACGGGUGUCCUGCCAAACGUGUACUGGCCGCCAACGGGCUUCUGCUUCGACGUCUGGUGUGUGGACGAGACGCUGGACGCAUACAACGGACACAGGAGAGCGAGGGAGUUUCUUCAGAUUGUCGCUAAACAGGCCAAGCACUACUCCACGAAUCACACCGUAGUGACCAUGGGCAUGGACUUCCACUAUAGGGACGCUUCUAAGUGGUUUCGCAACCUCGACAGCCUCAUCCAUCACGUCAACGCAGAGCAAGCGAACGGAAGCCGCGUGCACGCCUUCUACUCGACUCCCGCCUGCUACCUGAAGGCGCUGCACGAAAGCGGCCUGCGGUGGCCCGAGUUCUCGGACGACUUCUUCCCGUACGCCGACCAGGAUCACGCCUACUGGACCGGCUACUACACGAGCCGGCCAAACUUCAAGUACUUCGCGCGCCACGCCAACGGUAUUCUCCAGGCGUGCAAGCAGCUCAAGGUCAUCGGGCAGCUUGACGACAGCGCGGACGUCGACACUCUUGCAAAGGCCGUGGCUGUGUUACAGCACCAUGACGCAAUAUCGGGCACUCAGAAGCAGCAUGUGGCUGAGGACUACGUAUACAUGACUGAGAUAGGAAUCAAACAAUGUGAGGACGUAUUCAACAAGGCUUACCGGCGAAUGCUGCUACGGAACGCUGCCGGGACCGCCUUCCAGUCCGACAUCUGCUUGACUUUCUGCCCGCUUCUCAACAUCAGCAGCUGCGAAAUCACGGAAACAGCCGACGAAUUCUUUGUCUUCGUCUACAACCCGCUAUCUACGCCUGUCCAAACGUACGCGAGGCUGCCGGUUACGGGCGACGGCUACGAAGUGAAAGAGCUACCGGGACAGGUCAUCGAGGCGCAGCUCGUGCCGGUGCAGCGGAAGGUGCUCCGCAUCCCCGAGCGGAAGACGUCCACCGCGACAUCGGAGAUUGUAUUUCCGAUGCAGCUGCCGCCCAUGGGCGUCACCACCUACCAGCUGCGGAAAUACGAAGGUUUUACGCUCCGUGACAGCGAAAGCAGCGCUGUUUUUGACGGUGGCAGCGAAGCUCCGGCCAUAGACAAUGGCAAGUACCGGCUGUUCUUGGACCCCGUGACGGGCCUGCUGAGUCGCGUGAUGCUCCUCAACACGGGCCUGGAGGUUCCCUUCCGCCAGUCGCUGUUCGCGUACCUAGCUUACGAAGGCGUUGUAGAGAAGCCCUCGGGCGCCUACUCCUUCAAUCCGGCGGACGAUCAGCCCAUUGAUCUGGGUCGCCGAGUCAACUACAGCCUCGUCAAGGGCCCCUUGGUGCAAGAGAUUCACCAGACGUUCAGCGACUGGGUCUCCCAAGUGAUCCGGCUGUACAAGGACGAAGACAUCAUCGAGUUUGACUGGGUCGUCGGACCCAUCCCGUUCAGCGAGGGCCGCGAGCCCAGCCGAGGCAAGGAGAUCAUCUCACGUUACCAAACCUCGAUUUGGAACAAUGGCACUUUUUAUACUGAUUCCAACGGACGUCAGACAAUAAAGAGAACGAGGAACGUUCAUCGACCGUGGACCAAGACCAUCGUGGAGCCCACUACGUACAACUACUACCCCGUGGUCUCGUGGAUCUACCUCAAGAAUGAAACUCAUGACCUCCAGUUGACAGUGUUUCCAGACCGACCACAAGGUGGGAGCAGCUUACAUGAAGGCGAACUGGAAUUGAUGCUUCACCGGCGGCUGCAGUAUGACGAUUCGUUCGGCGUCGAGGAGCCCUUGAACGAGAUUGGCGUGGACAAGCGGGGCCUUGUGGCUCGUGGCACGCAUCGCGUUUUCUUGGGCUCCAUUGAGGACUCUGAGCGGAUGCUACGCUCCAUGGCCAACCGGCUUGUGUUCUCGCCCCAGUUCGCCUUCCACACGCGUGACCGGGAGCUGCUCGACAUCCCGGUGCCAAGGGCGAGUGGGCUGCAGUAUCCGUUACCGCCAAACCUGCACCUGCUGACAUUAGAACCCGUCGGAGGAAACCGUGCGAUCGUCCGCCUUGAACACCUCUACCCUGGCGUCAAAGACAACAGGCUUAACAAGCCUGCUUCGGUAUCCCUUAAGAACAUGUUGGUCCCGUACACCGUGACGGCCGCCGAAGAAACCGUGCUGUCGGCACACGAGUACCUGCGAAACACGACCAGGUUCCACUUCGAGACGAGAGACUCCGUGCGGGCGUCGCCCACGCCAGCUCUGCUGCAACGUGUGGUGGGGCAUCGGAACGCCGUUCUCGGCACCGGCGCAUCUUCCCCCAGGAAGGCUUCGUUGCCCAUCGAAGAGCGGCUUUUCACGGUGACGGUGAAUCCGGGCGAAAUCCGGACGUUCCUGGUGACGCUAGAACCCAAGAACAUAGGCUAGCAAACUAGCCUCUAUCUCCAUCUAUACCAUAGGAACGUCGGAAACCUCGCGUUUUUUUUAAUUAUUUUGAACGAUAUAGACGCUGCUGGUAUCAGCUUCACAUCUAUAAUAUAGCACAUUGUCGAAUCGCCUGCCCAUGCGGUCAUACCGGCAAGAUAGCUGCGCACGGCGGCAACGUUGGCAAGCCAGCUCGUGGGCACAUAUUCUCUUAACUGAAGCUCGGUUCUGUCGACUAACUACCGAUGCAGCGGGCAUCGGUAGCUUCAACUCUGUAGCAGAGUUUAGAGGGGUGUUCUUUUUUUUUUUUUUUUCGUUCGGGGAAAGAAGUUACGGCGCGCACUGGGAACAAAACAUGCUGACGUGUAAAUACAUGUCUUAGUUCUUAACAUGCUCAACUCUUUUGGUUAUUAGCAAAAGGUUACCGCUGUGUAUCAUGUCAAUGAAGGAUAAAAUGACUCGACUUUCGUAGGACGAGGAGGAGGAAAAGGUAGGGAGGUCAACCAGACGCACGUCCGGUUUGCUACCCUACACGGGGAAGAUGUUUCAGGGAUAAUUCAGCGCAUUGCUUAAGCGCAUGCAAGCGAGCGGUAAUUGGUAAGCCUAAAAACAAAGUACUUCCAUAGUCUUACGCAAACAGUGCGCUAUGCCGCCUUCUUUGACAAAAAUAUCUUCCUUGCUUAUUUUCUCACAUCUGCCUCGGCUUCGUGGCAUACUGACUCGCUGCGCGAGCUUGCUAAACCAUAAUAUGGCAAUCGUCAUGACUUUCUGUGAAUAUACUUGACGAUCAAGGCGCGACCAGAGAAGCUAUGGUGGUAGGGCGGACGAAUCCAAACGCGUGAAUAUGUUAGAGACACAAGUGAGAAUUUUACCAGCAUCACACGCUAAUUAGCGGCAUUACCGUUACCUAUGCGGGAAUUUGCCGCGUGAAGCCGUUGGCUUAAAGGUCGUUGUUUCAUUUCUGGGUCGCGAUAUUGCAGCGAUACCUUUUUCGAUGCUAUUCCUUUUCGCGCUUCGUCAGAGGUCCAAGCGACGCUCCGCCCGCGCUACCAAUGCGAUCAGCCUGCUGUCAACGGUGGAUGAUGAAAGUGGCAUGGAAUUGAGCGGAAGGCAUCGCUGCAAAAAUGGCCAGCCCAGGACACAAUUUCAACUAUUCACACCUCGAUUGUCUCCGAUAGCGUAUAUGCUGCAUGUAUCAGGCGCUUCCAAGAGGUAUCUUACUUGUUUAUGUUUUUGCUACUUUUCUUGCAUGAGUUGAGCAUGUGAAAUAUUGUGUGACCCGUCGGCAUGUCCCAUGUCUGUUGCGCUGGAGGGAACGCAGGUUGUUCCAAGCAUAAUAACUUGAAGUGACCAAUGUUUGCUCCAAAGUCGAGAGGCGCAUUGUUUUGCUUCUAAAGCUGCAAAACGCCGCCUUACACAUCUAGUCUACACUGAGAAGCGGGGAGUUUUUUUAUAACAGUUAUUCAAGGCCCACGAGCUGAGGCGUGAUGUUAGCAACCACUUCCUUUCGUUCACACUCUCCUUAGGACACUGUCGUAACCUCACAAUAGGCGAACACUUCAUCUGAAGAACGACCAUGACGUUUGAUCAAAACAAAGGUGGGGGAGGGGGGGGGGGGGGGGAACCUACAGAGUGCUUGCAUUUCAGCUUCACUUCUGAAAACUCAAAGGCAGUGUGCCAUUCGGCCUCGUCAACAAAACAUUGUUGUUGUGAGCUCAACGGAGAGUAGCCGCCAGCUUGAUCAUCGUUGUUAUCGCGCAAUUUCGUGCUGUACGUACAUCGACGGUAUCGAUAAUCUCCCGUAGUUAUUUUCCUCUUAAUUUCUGUUUCGGCCCUCUUCUAUCUUUCUCUCUGUGUGCAGAAGGCCUAAGACUACUAUUUCAUGAAAGCUCGGUGAAAAACUUCUAUAACUAAAGUUCAGAGCCAUUUCAGACUUGUGGCUGUCGCCACUGACUGCGUGAACAUUGAAGGAAGCUGAUUUACCACGCGUAAACGUGUUCAUAAAAGUCACAUCUGAUUAUAACAGUUCUAAUUUCAGUUCUGAUAAUUAAAUUUAGCUCUAGGGCAUUAGAAUCACGUUAAAGUAAACCACUACGGACCAAGCGAAAUGUUGCUAGAUCGGGAGUCUUAUUAUUAAAGAAGUCGCUUUGAAAUUUAUCUCCAGCCUAUGAAUGGGAAGAAUAAAUCUGUUAGCUGAUUGACAGACUUAUUAAUGGCAGCAUGCAACCGAGGGGGAGGGAGGGACCUAAUUUAUUGAUAAAUAUAGACAAAUUCGAAGGCCAGCGAAGGGUGGAAACAGGAAAGUUUAUCCAUCGAUGGUAGCUGAGCCGACGACUGUCGAGGAUCAGACCACCGUACGUGGUGUGUCUGUAGAGAAUGGCAAGAGCUUGGAUCGGCAGGCUGCGAGGCAGGGCUCAAUAUCAUUAGAGACCCGUAGGGCAGAUGUGGCCGGGUCCUCCGCCGAUGUUUGCGGAGGCGCUGGGCUCCACUUCUCCGAGUGACCAGCAGACGCGAAAGAGAGUUUGUUUCAAUGAGGGUUUCAUAGUUAAGGCUGCACACGGCCACAGGGAAUAGAGAGCACGCGUUGUGAAGCCGGGAAGAUGGCUUUUCUCGUGUCUUUUGUGUCCAUGGAUACCGCGUCCAGAGCCGAUUGCCCAGGUUUCACUAAAAAACGUUUCACUUUUUGUUUUAUGCCCGCGAAACGCUCUUUCACUUAUGGGAGACGAGAUUUGUUAGUGUUACUCCGAGAAAUGGCACCUCCGAGGUCGUCGGUAAGUUUACCGGAGUUAGUUAUAUAAGCAGGAUCAGUUUCUUUACCGUAGGCUGAGCGUGCAGGGUGACGAUGAUGCACCGAUAGUACUGUGCUUGCAAUGAUCGGAUGAGUAAUUCUGUUUGGCACACCUAACCACCCACAUUCCGAUACCAUGCCCUGGGUUUUACGUUCCUGCCCUUACAACUUUAUGUAGCGCCUUCAGUCGCGCUUAUGUAAGGUCUCACGUCGCCUUAUGAGUGGUUACGACGGUGCUUCCUCGCUCUUGGGUCAUAUAUAUGCGCAUCGUGGCGACCUGGAUAUGUGCCCGCCGGCAGCAGCAUGAACUUUAUUGCGACGUAUUUUGAGGCCAUUCCUAUGUAUCAUGACACAACUACAUCAAGCGCACGCUUUACUGGCACCAUGCACUGCACGGACAAGUCCAUGGCCUUGUCAUAAGGCGGGCUGUGUUUCCUUUGGCAUUAACUGAAUGUAGAUUUAAUUAAACUCUUCUAACAACUCACGGCGCAUGCGCGGUUUAAAAUGGGUGGCUCAGUUUUGGCACGGAGUGAUCGGCGGAUGGAGAGGUGCAACCCGUGCAUAAAAGAGGCUUACAUGCCCUCAGAUAGUUUAUCCCAGCGUUGGUUUAUUCCCGGUUGGUGGGGGAAUUGUGUGGGGAAAUAUAAUGUAACAUUACAUUCUUCAGAAACUGCACUAGUGCGUGUAAUCUCCGGCAUGUUGCGGAUAACGGUACAAUUUAAGUAGGAUAGCGUUCGCCGUGUAUUGAUAGGAUGGAUAAUGAGAAGUUUUCGAUUGCAUUUGCGCACUGCGAGAUCGAGUAAAGCUGCGCAGACGGUUUUGCGCUUAUCGAUAGUCUGGCUGCGGCACCACUCUUUCGAAUUAUCCGUGAUACGAAUCUCUCAUAACCCGGGAGUGAAAACAGUCUGCUUUCUCACUUCCGUCUUCACAUCGCUGCAUCAGCAAAAUUUAAUGCGCAAACAUCCGUGCAGCUAUGAUGACGACGACCGCACGCCGUUUACAGGCCUGCACAGCCAACUGACAGUUUCCGCCAUCUUGUGUUAUGUUUCGAGGCGUGCAGGCUGAAACCUGUCUGUGUGUGUGCAGUUAUACUAUGUCGCCUCUGUGGGCGCACGCUUGAUAUGUUGUUACACCGUUACCGCCUUGCCACCGUGUGGCACUGAAGCUGUGAUUUUUGUUAUUGCCUCCGGCGUUUUACUCCCGCCCGCCUAUGGUUUCUUUUUUUUUUUUUUUUUUUUUUUUGGAGCUCUCGCGAAGUGUUGCGUUGACAACUGUGCUUCACCUCGUUUUUUUUUUUCUUAUUUUUUUUUUACCAGGUUGCGCGGCUAUUCCACGUCAGGCGAUGACAUCUUUUCCUUGCCGAAUAUUUAGAAGAAAAUCUCGGCUGCAGUCACAUUAGUGAACUAAAUAUGAGAGGCUAUCUGCGUGUGAUUUUGUUUAGAAAAUGGGCUCUUUUUUUUUUUUUUUUUGCCGACGCUGCUAUUCGUCAUAAGUUCAGGAAAGAAAUGACGCUUCGGUUGUUCGAUGUUGCUUUGAGCACGAAAUGUUGUUUUCGUUUCACAAAAUCGGUCCCAGCUGCAAGUCAUCUCUCGAUGUACGAGUCAGGCCUUAGUACGUGCGUUUUCAUCUGAACCACGAAGCUUACGCGAGGGAACUGCAGGCUUUUUUCCUCGCGUACGUGCCACCGGCAGAAUUCUGCGCACAUGUAUUAGGCUCUUGUAUUUGCUUUUGAGACGACACGCAAUGAAAAACUCGCUUAUGGUGAAGUUUGUCAUCGCUGAGACAGUGGUUUGUGACAGCCUGGACUUCUUUCGAGACGCUGCAGGUGGCGGAGCCUUGCUCGAUGUGAAGCACAUUGCUUCGUAAGAAGAAAAAUCAUAAAAUACAAGGUUAGUGGGAAGCGGGGGAGAAAUCUAUAGCUGUAUGAUAAAGAUAUAAAUAGACACCUAUAUAUACAUAGAAUUAAAGAGAUAAUAUAUUCUCUGUUUAACUUGUCAUUAUCUAUUACCUGUAAAUAAGCGCGUAAGUAACUAAGCACCCUUUCCGCGAGUCCUUGUACUAACAGCCUACGCACUAAUUAUCACGCAAGCACGUCCAGAAAUUUGCUGUUGUAUACAAAGUAAUGUAGCGUGAUGUAAAGUACAGGCAAAAUGAAAAAAAAAAUACGAACGAAAGGAGUGGAAAUGUCGGCUGCGAUCGCUUUUUACUGGCACUUUCUCCGACACUACGUGUACAGUGGAAUGUGCAUGUUAUCUCAGAGUGUGUGCAAACAAUCAUCGAUGUUUGUCUCUUCGAGCGCAACAUUUUCUUGCGCGGAUGACAUCAGUAUGGCUGUUCUUUGUGCUAGUUGUGUGUAUACUAUCGGGAUAUAUAAAGAGACCUAGAUUAUGUAGUACCAGUGCCGAAACGGGAAAAUCGCUUGCUCCUGUACGCGGGUCUGCCGUGAAAUAUUGCUGCUCGAAGUGUUCAACAUCUCCGGGCCAACAACUACGUCGAGCUGUUGCUCCGCCGCGCGACAUUCAAGCCUCAAGGAAUGAUUCUGAAACGUGGGAAGCAGCGCAAAGUACACGGCAGAAAAGGAUAAGAUGCGGACAAAACAACCUCUCCUGUUGUGUCGUGUACUGUGCGCUGCUUCCCGCCUUCUAAGAUUAUUAGUCACAAAAUUGCGCCCAGCCGUCGACUUUGCUGUACCUCAAGGAAUGAAUUAAUGAGUGCGACUCUAGUAAUAGGCCAGUAUGUGUACGCAAAGGCGAGUGGUGUCAGCUGAUCGACCUUGUCCUUGCUGAACUCGUGCUUUUAACUAGACCGUACCGUCAUGCCAUCGUUACUUCCACUGCCAGGCGCACACUGUGCGUCUGCUCACGGGAGCAGUUUAGCGCUGGGAAGCGACGGUAACGAUAGCGACAAAGGCGUGACAGUUUGCUAAAAGAUGCUAAUAUAUCCCGACAGCACGAGUCAUUUCUCGAGGCGCAUCUAUUUAGUGCUUUUCUUUUGAUUGCUUUGCGCAUUCGUGGCCCAUUAGAUCACGACAACGUGUAUAUGUGGAUGGCAAUAUUUUAGCGUCUCCUUGUACACUGGCUUGCAAAAAUAGGCAUGACAUUAUUCUUGUUCAAGGUUCUCUCGACGAAAUCCUGCUGCAUUUCACAUUUUCUGUCUGCGACAUGGGUGUACAAUAGAUGUAGGGUUGUGUCAAGUCUUUUAUAGUUCGAGCAUCGACAGAAUUUUUUUUUUUUUGAUCGUGUGCAAACGUGUCUAUGCGUGCAUGCACAUAUAUAACAAGCUUCUUGUUUGUUUCUGAAAGCUGGCACUGCUACUAUGUAUCAAAAGGAUCAAGUGCGGACCGUCUCACGUUACUCGAAUCAGCCUGAUCUGAAGAAUAUUGGGGUUCUCGCGUGAAAUAAAGAAAGAAACCCGGAACGAUUCUGGCGCGAACAGUGAAACAAACUUUCAUGGACAUUUCACCGGAUGCAUUGUCUAUUUACGUCGCCUUAACAGUCGCUUAAUCUGCAGUAGCAACUUAAACACUAGAACGAACUCAGUGCUAAUUAAUGUUAGGAUCGUUCUGGCGCACUCAGCUUUACACGUACAUCACUCGUACUGUUGUAAGAUAUGUUGUGUCGAAGAUUCGUGGCACGUACUUCUGUUCGGAAUAGAAGCGAUAUUCUCCGUCCCUGAAUUAGAUGUGAAUGCUCGCCCUCGCCUUUCGUUCCUUUCGUGCCAAAAUAACCUGAAUCUGUUUUGAUAAUCAUGGAAAGUAAUAACGUAUCGUUAACGCACGCCAGAUGCUUUUUCAUUACCACAAUUAUCAGACCUACCGCGAAGUAUCGAGUUCGGGACUGCAAGGCCCUGCGGUGUGACAAGCAAAAAGCAUUCUUCGGCAGAAAGAGGUCGCCGGCUGCGAAGAGUGGAGUCUAUAGGACCGUCGCGCGGCCUGCGACUCUCUCUUGGCUUUCGCCAGGGAGUCGGGGCUACCUGCAAUGGUUGUAGACACCACAUAAUUGUGCCGUUGUAGCCUUCAUUUCCGUUUUUUUUUAAUGCCGUGACUAUUUAUUUUUGUACACCGUGGGGACCCGUAGUCGGAAGAAAAGAAAAACGCUAACUGCAGAUUAGAACGUUAUGUACAAUGCAUCCGUCGUAAGGUAAUUAUAGCGGUGGGCGGGUAAUAAAGUUAAAAAGUAGUUGUAAGGGGCUCCAGGAUUAUGUUCGCGUGGCUGUUGUUCGUCACUUGAGGCGUCCCGUGUCCACGUACAACCGGUUGACAAGUCUGCCGCGCUGCAUGACAAUUUUGGGCUGAUGGGAGGGGAGCAGUAACCUUACCUGCGUAGUGAAUCUGUUUAUGUCUAAUGUAACCCUGACAAUGGCGUUAAUACUUGCGCGUACAAGCGUCAUUUCUUGCAGCUGGCACUUCUUGGGUGCUUGUAGGUGUUUUACAGCUACCUUUAGUACUGGCGCACUUUUUGGCCGCAACUCCUAUCGGACGAUGUUAAAAACCUAUUCUGCGCACGGUUCUGUCGAAUCUGUUAUGCGUGCAACGCGCAGUGGCAAACGUCUCAGAGUUUAAUCUUAUGCGUGCUUGCAAUGACAAAAGCACCGGUGAGUGAUGAUUUCAUCGCAACUUCGCAUUUAUUUUUUUCUUCCUUACAAACAUUUUUUAUGGCACCGGGGGCGAAAGCCGGUACACGCACAGAGCUUAGUUUGACCAACGUGACAUAUUACCGCGUUUCUGAUGUAUGUGUGUGACUUUGGCCACUUUACCUGUUCUCCAUAAUAUCAUAACGCUGAAUCCCUUGUCGUACUUGCGCUGCGGCUCGAGUGUAAGCGCAGUGCGUUCCAGGUCCUUCAGCCCUAAAUAUGUGGUGAUUUCACAUGUACAUAUAUAUAUACAUAGAUAUAUAUUUCCUGUUGCUCCUUCGACUACUAUUUCUUGCGAGUUUUUAGCGGUUGCUAGCGUAAAUGACCUAUGUUAACUUAUCACUCCCUCGAGUGAGUGUUCGGCAUUGUGUAGUUUCUAACGUCUUCUGGCACUAAAGCAGUAAACACAAAAAGAAGACGUAUCUGUGUCUGUGAAAUGUAUGUAUAUUUCUCACCGCCAAAUAUUUGGGUGCUUCCACGCAGUGCCGAGGCGCCAUUAGACGUGCGGAGUCAUUUUAACUGGAACAUUGUAUUUUUUUCUGUUGCGACCUUUCUCGGUUUAACCAGAUCAGAGUUCGUCUAGACGCGCCCCUUGGUUACUUCUUCAGACCUAGGUUCUAGACUGGCACCUGUCGCCGAAAACUUGAAGCCUGCUUGGGAAAAACAAACUUUACUUGCCCUUGUAGAACAAAAGCGUCGCUAUCAUUAAGCGAAGGUUUGAGAGCACAAGCGGUGUUUCUAUUGUUUGUGACGAACCAUGCAUACUCGUAAAAUAGCAGCUGCUGUGACUGGAAGCCGACACAAUAAUCAAAUCAUGUAGGAACAUUUCGCUUAGAUAAACGCGAUUUGUUUUUCUUUUGUGUUUGUGCGUGUGUGUGCUUUAACUAACUGUAUCAGGGCCACUGAAUGGGCCAUUUUCCUUGCUUUUUUUUCUUUCCACAUGCGCACUUCUUUUAUGCGGCUAAUUUUACAUUUUUAGUCGCUAAAACUAGUCAGAAAAGUCGAGAUGUAAAGGUUUACGAUUUUUAUGGUAACGACUAGAAGGUGCAACUGGUAGAGAGCAGUGAUGAUGCAGCAAAGCACCGAAAGACGAAAACUGCUUACAGGUGUUACGCGAGUCACGGAUUGUGAGCAAGGUACGCAGAGAAACGCAAUUAAACUAUUAACAGCUGGAAAAUUGGUUGCCGUUAAUUCUCAGAAAACGUUUGCCGGAAUAACGGGAUAAUAUUAAUACGCUGAGGAAAUACUAAUACACAGCGAAAUAGUGUCAUGGUUUCCUCGUAAGGAACCUCGCAUGUUUCACCAAACGACCUCGCCUUUGAAGUAGGAAGGAAGUUAGAUUAGGAAAGUUAUGGAGCGCAAAAGGAGGUGUCCCGUCGUCGUCUUGCGUUUUUGCGCGGCUGCGAAAUAAUGAAUGAGUUCUUAGCGUGCGUUAUGUUUUGAACAGCGGUGCUAAGGCGGAGCAAUUGCUGGCCACUGGGUUCCAGGUUAACACCGCCUGCAGCAACAGCACAACCACCAUUACUAUACUAACCAGGAACGUUGGGUGCAAGAGAGUAGAGCGGAAGUGGAAGGGUGUACUCGCUCUCAGUGAUUAGUUGUAGACAGAGAACCAACCGAGCAUGGUCAAUGUAUUCGGUGUGUGUGUGAGAGAGAGAGAAGUCAUAAGGGGAAGGCCCGUGUGAGAAAUAUCCUUAGUGGCAUUCAGGAAAGUGGUGGACCGUAUAGCGUUGCCUGGUCUCGGAAAGUAUACUAUUGUGAAGCAAGAUGGCAUUUGACUGAGCCAAUUCCGUUAGUGCGACGAACAAAAGCCGUGAAUUGUAUUCAUCAAAUCAGCAGCAUCUUCGAGAACGCAUGAGGGGUGUCAAUUGUCAAUAGCUAUUUGUUUGCAUCACAUCCUCUAGAUUCCCCCUUCAGCGCCUUACGUGAUGGCAGUGCACAGAGUUCUUUUAGUGCCUCGCGAUAAGUGGCAUAACGGCACUUUUUUUUAAUAACAUGGAAACCCCGGAUAACUUGGUUUCGUAAAAACCUCGUUCGUACUCGAUGAGAGCUUGUCAUGGCGGCUCUGCAAGAUUGCUACAAGUCAGGAGAGUUCCAAGAAUAUAUAAUCUUCAGCUUUAUUGGUCAAUGCAGCUAGCUCAACUGUAGCAUACUGCAUCAGUAGAAACUUUGGUAGUGUUUUCUUGGGUUCUUUUUGUAGCGGUUCAUUCAAUUUUUUGUUCUUUGGACAUAUUCGCACGUCAUUUUCGCGGACGCCGGCGCGCCGCCGUUAUUGCCCCGAUCGGACACUUGACGCGACGCAUGAUAAAAACAAGAAUUAAAAAUUUAAUUUGUUGUUACGAAAUUUGGCCUCUGGAUUAAAAAAAAACUUUUUUUUUUUGAAGUGAGCCCUUCUGACACGGCAUGGUCAAAGUGCCAUAGCUCGAUAGAAACAAAAUGUGGAGCACGAAGUAGGCGUGCCUAAUCCGUGAUAGAUUGUUAUCUGGUCGUUGACGGUAAUGGUUCGAGGUAGGAGUCUGCACUGAAUCAUUGCAUGGUCGUUACGGUAAAGGUACCCACAGCCAUGUCAACGGCAUGCUGUGUAGCAGUGGUGGUGCCCAUCACAGUAUGAUGUACUCGCUACGUGCAAAGACUUCCCAGGAGCUGUGUUAUGGUACCGAUGUUCUAAUUGUGCGUAUUGGUUAGCAUUUUGCAUUUAUAGUUUUGUCUGUUGUCUGGAAAUCAGCGCAAUGAAACAAGAUUUAAUGUAGAGCAGCCUUGGAGCUGGCAUCAGUGCCAGUUCUAUUAGAUCGAGCGCAUUGUUUUUUUUUUUUCCUAAAGAUUUACGAAUACUGAUGGUGAAUGUCUAUUCACACUGGGGAACACGCUGGCCAACACUAACCAUAGCCGCGCGAGUCACGUGCUGUCUGUGGUCGUGUUACACUGACGGACCAACAAACGCUAUGAAAGGUGUCCUCAACCAGCGGCAACGACAUGCUGACCAACAGUUGGGCAACGCCGUGUCACUCAAAGCUUGACAUGUUGGACAAGGCGCUCGGGAGCUUUUCGUAGUUCUCUCCCGCUAUAUUGUUUCGUGAACAUCACGAUAAACGCACAAGGAGUAGCACAAGUUACGUGCUACUAAUAGCGUCCCACGAUUAACGAAAAAAAAAAUCCUACUCAAACAUUAUAGCGUGGUGCUGCAUAAUGUGCGAGGGAAAAUGUAUGCCACCAAGAAAAAAAAACGAGACGUACGUAUUGGCCAAUUGUGUCGCUCGUUUUCGUUGUCGAGGCUGUAACACUGGCCAUUAUUGGUGCGGUUGCCAACGCUGUUGUACAGACUGAGAGGAUGCUUGGCGACAUAGAUGGAGACCGCAACGUUGGCCAACUCUUGGGGAAGCAUGUCGACCGGCAGUUUGGAAACGUGUUCCACAAUGUGAAUGGACCCUUUGCGAGGGCCAACACCUGGGACCUUGUUGGAUAUCACUGUAAACACUGUCUACGUAAGAUGUAGCAUUGAAUGGUUCUCUGUUUAUCUGACAGCUGUAUGCCAUUGUUCACGGCGAUGAGAAACAAUUCUCUGUGUUGCGCGUCCUAUCGAUGUUAGCACGAAAUCAUGCAUUGUGUGUGGUUUGAAAAAGACAAAAAAUUGAAGCCAGUAAUUAUCAUGAAAUAAACUAUUGUUUGUUACCCGCGA